UUGCCUGCUUACUGACAGUAACUAGCUGGAUACUUCACUGGUGAUUUUUUCCAUUCUCACUCUGUCCAGCUGACAUUUGUUUACACUGAUUUUUAAAAAGAGGAAGAAAACUAAGUGAAGUAUUGUAAACCUGACAUGGAAAAUAAAAAGAAAUACAAGGACAAGCCAGAUGAAAGAAUAACGCAGCCUCGUGGGAGGUCACGCCAUAAUCCACGUGGAGCUGGUUCAAGUUCUGGAGUGUUAAUGGUUGGCCCUAACUUCCAAGUUGGCAAAAAAAUCGGAUGUGGUAAUUUUGGAGAACUACGGUUAGGAAAACAUUUGCACACAAAUGAGUAUGUGGCAAUUAAACUGGAGCCAAUGAGGUCGAGAGUAUCACAGCUACAUUUGGAAUACAGAUUCUACAAGCAGCUGGGAUCUGGAGAUGGAAUACCUCAGGUUUACUAUUUUGGCCCAUGUGGCAAGUAUAAUGCUAUGGUGCUAGAACUACUUGGACCUAGUUUGGAAAAUUUAUUUGACUUGUGUGGUAGGACGUUUUCUCUUAAAACGGUUCUUAUGAUAGCCAUACAGUUGCUUUCUCAUAUGGAAUAUGUCCAUUCAAAGAACUUGAUAUACAGAGAUGUAAAACCUGAGAACUUCAUAAUAGGACGACCUGGAAGCAAAACCCAGCAAAUUAUUCACAUUAUAGAUUUUGGUUUGGCAAAGGAGUAUAUAGAUCCAGAAACAAAGCAGCACAUACCGUAUCGAGAACACAAGAGCCUUACAGGAACAGCUAGAUACAUGAGUAUAAAUACGCAUUUAGGAAAAGAGCAAAGUAGAAGAGAUGAUUUGGAAGCUUUAGGUCACAUGUUUAUGUAUUUUCUCAGAGGAAGCCUUCCAUGGCAAGGUUUAAAGGCUGAUACAUUAAAAAAACGUUACGAGAAAAUUGGACAUAUAAAACAAGCAACCCCUGUAGAAGUACUGUGUGAAAACUUUCCAGAGGAAAUGGCUAUGUAUCUGCGUUACGUAAGAAGGCUAGAAUUUUUUGAAAAGCCAGACUAUGACUACUUAAGAAAGCUCUUCACGGACUUACUUGACCGAAAAGGCUAUGUGUUUGAUUAUGAAUAUGACUGGAUUGGCAAACAGUUGCCUACUCCUGUGGGUUCAAUACAUUCAGACCCUGUACAGUCUUCAAAUAGAGAAGCAUAUCAGCAUAAAGUGCAGCAAUCCAAAAAUCAGUCAACAGACCAUAGGGCAGCUUGGGACUUACAAGCCAAUAAGCAUCAUUUGAGGGCUCAACUAGCAGCUGACAGACAUGGUGGCUCAGUACAGGUAGAAAGCUCGACAAAUGGAAAACUGAACACAGAUGACCCAACUGCAGGCUGUUCAAAUGCACCCAUCGCAGCUCCCGCAGAAGUAGAAGUAGUGGAUGAAACUAACUGCCAGAAAGUGUUGAACAUGUGGUGA